GUUUGCAACGCGAGGAGGGCGAACUCCAUUGUAAUUUGCGAUGCAUUGCAGCAUUUGCAUUUAAAGCAAGGCCCGAUACUGCCUCCAAAACUGUCUCGGCACAGUAGUUAGAUAUGGGGGAGGCAUCUCUGGGUGCCAAGGCGUCUGAUCUGGUCUCGGACAGCACUGCAUCCAGCUCCAGGGGACCUCCUCCCGCAGAAGUCGUAUGGCCACCCCACGCAUAUGCCGAUGUUGGCAUGGCUGUGGACUACGCAAAUGGUGUUCCUGUGUCUCUACACCAACCACAGCAUCAUUAUGAGCGGCAGGAAUUUGUUGCUACCGACAGGGAGUCGGCCCUGGUUGUUUACCACGAAGAGCCGUACAGUCAGCAGCAGCCAUCAAACUGCAUGGAAACUUUCAUACAGGUCCCGUUUGGAGGUAUGUCCCGGCUCGCAGUGGCUACCUUCAGGGAAUCGCCUGUUUCUGUGUCGGACUCGCAUCAACAAGCUCAGCACUACGAAGAAGAGAUCGAACAGAGGGCGGCGGAUGAAAUGGUGGCGAUGUCUCAAGUGUUGGACCUGCACCGAUCGGUGGCCCCAAGCACCUCUCGUGACUCGGUGGUGGACAUUCCCGUGUCGCUCCACUCGCACCACGCCCACCACCUGGCACGGCCUUCGUCGUCUUCCCCGGCCCCACCCCAAAGCCCCGCCCUGCUGGUGCUGCCAGGCUCGGCCGAGGAGUCUGUCGGAGCCUUGAGGCUGGAAUCUCAGCUGACAGUUGGCCCCGAGAGUGCAGCUACCUUGGGCCUGCCCAUGCUGUUGGACAAGGCCAGCCUCGCAUUGUGCUCAAGCAGCACCUCGUCUUCUGCACUGUCCUCGCUUGGGCCGUCGACCUCGUCGGGCAGUCGAGGUGCCAUAGGCCUGGCCACUCAUCUCUCGCAGCGGUACCUCCUAGAGCAGGCACAAUACCUGGUCGCGGACUUGGCAUCCAAGGAACUCCUUCCCUCAAUUCUUCAGAGCUCCUGCUCCUCAGGGGCAUCCACCUCGACGGGGGUGCCCUCUGCCGGUUCUUCCGCAGCUUCGUCGUCGGUUCACGGUCUCAACUUCUCGCUGGCUGCCACAAAGGCCCUUUUGGCGACACAGCAGCAGCCACAGCAGCACAAGUUUGGUGGCGGAAGCAGCACUCUGCAACACGCUAGCCCCUCUUCGGUCGCAAGCGGCUCGAUGGCCGCCAUGGUUGCGAGUCCCGAGCACUUGGAGGCCGAGCCUUUAGACGCUGGGGACGAGGAAGGAGUGCUAGACUCCUCGUCUUCCGCAGGACCCAGCGCACUGCUCGAGGUGCAUCCUGCUGGAGCAGUGUCGCUGUAUGGGAACGUUUUUGUCACAGAGCGAGGGGAGGUGGCUCUUGUCAGCAGCACGGGGCAGGACUCGGAGGACCUGCUGGAGGAUGUUCAGCAGUACCAUGCAGCUCACCAGGUGUGCCACCAGAAUAGCGCAAUCCAGAACUAUGUGUCGUCUAGUGCUGACCUCGUGGCCACCUCCGAAGGGGUGGAGCCUGGCAUUCAUUCCACUGUGGACUCCACCGAUAGUUCAGAGCACGUCAUCAACACUUCAGAAGCCUAUGUGGAUACUUCAAGUCAGCACCAUCAUCAUCAUCAGCAUUUACAAGAUGACAAUCAUGGUGAUGACUAUGGGCAGCAGCUGGACCUCAGUACAACGGUCGAAGCUUCCACCAGUUCGAGGGGCGUCCAGCACUCAGUGCUAAGAAUGCAGGGGAUCCUCAGUCGAAGACUGCCCGAUCUUGCGGGCUCCCCAUCUUCAUCACAUAGCAUGGCCAGAGCGGAAGUGUGCAGUGCUGGCGUCUCCCAAGAGGAACUGGUAGAACUGCAGAAUGCAUCCACCGUGAGCCUGCACCCCGACUCGACCAACAGUCCCGCCGUAGAGAUGGCUCCAUCUCCGGUCAACACAGUUGCCCUGGACAGCCCAGGGCCCUCACACUCGCCCGGUCCUUCGGGAGGAUCUGUGAGCAGCAGGGCUGAUACAGAUGUGGAUUGCAUGUCUCGAUACUAUUGCGAUGACUGCAAUCAGUUUUACGAACGCGAGUGCCCACGCCACAGGGUGCAGCUGAUUGUCGACAAGCCUGUUCUGACAAGGGCAUGGGCGAGUCUUCCUGCCAGCUACCUCUACGUCCAUAAAGUGGCUGAGGAUUCCGACGGAGAACCAAUUUAUGGUGUCUUUGCAAAGAAGAACAUUCCCAAAAGGACACAGUUUGGACCAAUGGAGGGUGUUCUGCAAAGGAGUACAGACAGACCUCAUUCAUUUCCACUUUAUAUUAAAAAAGAUGAGAGUGGUACUGUAUUCUGCCUGGACACAUCAGAUGAGACGCAGAGCAACUGGAUGCGCUUUGUGCGUCCGGCACAGACUCCUCUGGAGCAGAACAUAAUUGUCGUCCAGCAGGGCCAAAGCCUGUACUUCAACACGACGCGGGCUCUGGCGACGCGCACAGAGCUGCGUGUGUGGUAUUCAUCGGCCUAUGCACAGCGCUGGUGUCUGCCUCUGCUCCAUCAACAGCAGCAAGAGCCACUUCAGUUGGAGCACCGGAGUCAUCAGUCUCAUUCUAAUCAGCAAGAGGUGAUCGAGCAGCACCAUCAGCAACAGCACCAACAGCAGCAACAUCAACAAGUGGAUCAGCUUCAGCAACAACAAAUUCACCAGCCUAUCCAGCAACAUCAGCAGCAGCAGCAGCAGUACCAGGAAGUGCACCUGCAACAUGCGCAGCAGCAACCUUCUCAGCCACAACAGCGACUCCAGCAGCAAUGUUCACUGCAAGAGCCUGCCAGGGCCACCGGUGUCAGGGAUGAGAUUUGGCCAUGCUUCAAAUGCAGCAGUGCAUUUAACUCAUCGGAGCAGCUGCAGUUGCAUCUGAACCAGCACGAAAAAGUUCCUGACGGCAGCGGUGAGAACGCAUCGGUUGCCGCACCUGUGCAGCCGUCGCCCGUGUCUGCGACAUUGGCGGACCACGUCAAUGUGGAAGCUAGUUCACUGUCAUUGAGGGCACGAGGACAACCACCUAAGAAGCAACAUGCUGCAAGAGCACCUCUAGAGGAGAUGCAUAGUCUCGGUAAUGAAAGUGUUCCCACUGAUCAAAGCAGUGGAACUACAAACCCACCAAACCCUGUUCAGGAGAUAGCCAAGCCUGCAUCGGGCAAUGAAAACAAGUGCAAUCUGUGCCACAAGGAGUUUCGGAGGAAGUACGACCUCAAGCGUCACCUCAUGAUGCACUCUAGCGAGAAGAAGUACAAGUGCUCGCUGUGCGAUCUACGUUUCUCCCAUCCCUACAAUAGAAAAAGGCACAUCCUUCGACACCAGCAACAAGAUGAGCGACUCAAGCAGCGGAGACAGCAGCAGCAAGCACAGCAAACUCAGCAGCAGCAGCAUCAGCAGCAGCAACAACAGCAGCCCUUGGGGUCACUGCAGAGUGACGGCAUUCGCAAGUCGGCUCGACGCAGUGGAUCCCAGUCAGAGACCUAUGUGUGGACCUGUCCGCACUGCCCUUUUAUGUUUCCCAGCUCUGAGCUGUUGAGCCUGCAUUUGCCUCUGCACGCCGUCGUGACAGCCACGCAGCCAACAUCUGAUUAUCAGCUCGAACAGUGCCCUGAGUGUUGUUUAGAUUUUGAAUCACGAGGAGCUUUGAUGAGGCAUGUUGGAGUGCACGGCAAACGUGGCCCCCCAAAACGCAACAAGCAGUCGUCGGAAGCAGCGGUGAAGACGACAGCCAGUGAAAGAGAAAACGAAAGGGCUUCAGCCGGUGCUCCUGCGCCACAGCGGGUCUACAAGUGCGGCCUCUGCUACAAGAGCUUUGCCACUGAGUACCGCUUGUCCAAGCAUUACCAGGUGCACGGCAACGAGGAGGCCAAACCAUUGAAGUGCGACAUGUGCGACAAGCGCUUCCUGACUACCUCAGCUCGGACAGAACACCUCAAAACGCACAGAAAGGAGCGGUACUUUGAGUGCCCGAUCUGCAAAGAGAAAUUCCACGUCGUCACUGCCCUGAAAGAGCACGUCGGCAUUCAUCGUGAGGAUGGCGGUUACACAUGUCCAACCUGCGCAAAGAAAUUUCCAGAGUACAACCAGGUGCGCAAGCACAUCCGGGCAUUCCACACAAACCAGCGCUUCCUGUGUGAGCUGUGUCCCAAGGUGUUUCCCCGGCAGGACAAGCUGAAGCUUCAUAUGCUGUGCCACUCUGAGCACCGAGAGUUCCUCUGCGCACUCUGCGGUCGGCAGUUCAAGCGCAAGGACAAGCUCAAGGAACACACACGCCGUCUGCAUGCGCCAGAUCGCGAGGCACGGGAGCAGGCACGCGCCAAAGUCGCGCGCCCGCUUUCGUCCAAGCGGUUUGUGCCCAAGGUUCCACCGACUGACUAUCAGCGGUUCAUCUACAAGUGCCACACGUGCAUGCUGGGAUUCAAGCGUCGGGGCAUGUUGGUCAACCACAUGGCAAAGCGGCAUCCCAACGUUCAGCUGGAGCUGGUGCCAGAGCUUAAUCUCCCCAUUCUUCGGGCCACGCGCGACUACUACUGCCAAUACUGCGAAAAGGUUUAUCGGUCCUCUUCUAAGCGAAAGGCCCACAUCCUCAAGAACCACCCGGGCGCUGCUUUGCCAAUGAGCAACCGUGUCAAGGGAGGUGUGCCCAGCCUCCCUGGCCAGCCGAACCCGACGUUCUCGCACAUGGUGGGCAGUGUGACUACUCAGCCCCACAGCUGCUGCCUCUGCCACAAGCAGUACGCCAGCAAGGCCAAGUUGCUUCAGCAUCAGCGCAAGAAGCACAUGGAGAUGGUGGCCCUGUUUGGCAACAACAACAACAACCAGGCGGCCAAUUGCAGCAACGGAGGGCGCCAGGCUGACCUGCUGACUCGGGCGAUGUCCGAACUCACCCAAAAUCUGUCAGACUUCCGUCAGAGCAGUGGCUCCACUACAUUCCUGACCACUCGGCCUUUGCGAGAGGUUGAGAGCCAAGGUGAGGGCAUAGACAACAGCCAGCAGGAGCAGCAGGCUAUCACCGAAACACUCAAUACAACGGUGGAGACGACCGAGGUGGCUGCAUCAACGCUUGACCCAGCGCAGUUGAACCUCUUACUGGCCCAGUAUCAGCAGCAUGCCACGCUCAGUGCAACAGGCGAAGGCGACACUGACGUGCCCGUAGUCUCAGUCGCCGACGUGGUGGUCACUCCCAAUGCUCAAGCAGGCUGGACGAUUGUGUCCGUUUCGGCGCCUGGCGAAGAAGCCUUUGAGCAAGAGCUUGUUUCCAGAUAGGAUACAGUCCUGGUAUUGCCAAACUGUGCAGCUUCUAGUUUAAAAAAAGAAAAUAAGCUUCUGUUUAUACUAUUCAGUUUCAACAAGUCAAGGGAAAGGGAAGAUUGUUGACAAAUGCCAUUUCUACGUGUGCAGGCCUUUUUAAUGCAUCAAUUUAUAUCAUUAUACACAUAUAUUUUUAUUGUAACGUUUUCAGUAAACGUGCUGCUUUCUUUCUCGUCGUGCACAGGAGUUCUAGUCAUUGGUGUAGCUAACAAUUUUUACUUCUACAUUUCAUUGCUUUUCUGUAUUAUAAGCAGCUAAUGCUGGAAUCGAAUAACUCUAUUUAGAUCCUUUUUAAUGUGAACGAGCACAUAGUGAAAACGAGCUCUCUUAAAGAUGUUUAGCUUGUCAACACUGCACUCCUCAUCAAAUAUGAUUUUCGUUUUGUGUACAUGCUUGUUUACUUCUUAUGUAUUGUUGUAAAAAAGCACCAGUGGGAGAAAGCAACAUUUCGGAAAAAAAAAAAAACAAGCAGCUGUCUUUUUUUGUCGGUGUGUGUUUGUGCGUGAUAUUGUUGUGUUAUGUGUGAAUUUUCUGACGUGGGAUGUACAUUGCUGCAACUGCCACUUCUUAGGCCGUCUCCCUAACUUGCCAUCUAACCUCCACGUUAAUUACGCAUUUUUUGCUCACAAAGUGUGCACGGUAUGUGAAUCAUUGUCUUGAAAAGUGUACAUAAUGUGCGCAUAUCGAGCUAACGCAACUCUUGUCUGAAUUCCACGUCUAGCAUUCGCUCUACUUUAAAGCCAAGAAGCCGCUAUAAAGCAAAAACAGUGCUAGUGUGCAGUAGCACCUCUUAGUUGUCAUUUCUGUUGAAGGGAUUUUAAUUGUGUGAAAGAGUCAGACUGAAUAUACAAUCACUCCAUCAUCACAAUCAUUGUUAUUAUCAUCAUCCUCAAUUUGUACUGAAGGACAAUGUCCUUGUCUGGAGGUCUCAUGUAGUGCAACUUCCGUCCUGCAUCCACCGAGCACGUCUUGUCUCUAUGAAUUUACUAUUCUUCUGAUCCAUCCUGCUCUCCUGUUGCACUCUAAUACAUUUCAGACCUAUUAACACUAUAGUGUUUAAGAGCUCGUUUCACAGAAAAUUCGGCACUAGUGUCAGCCUGGGUGUCGUUAGUUGUGAGUGAAAAAUGAUCUUGUUGACUGAAAAAUCGAAAAAGGUGCAAAUAAAAUAAAUAAUAAAAAUUUUCUGGUCAGCGUGAUGAUCCAACCGAGGUUCCUUGUGUGGCAAGCAAGUGUUCUACCACAGAGCCAUGCGUCUGCUGGGAAAUACAGCGAAAAUAGCUUUCAUACUUGACAGACGCACGCAUCCUGUAUACAGGCUUCACAAUGCAUAAUGUAAUAUCACAGUAAUAUUGCGUGAUCAGGCGUCAGAACAUGGGAUUAUCAUAACAACUUUGUGUUUUGAAGCCGACCACCCAUUACAAAAUGCAUGGACAUUACUGGGCGUGCGCUCUUAAGACCACGUAUUAGAUGCCUAGCACAUUCAAAAACAUUUCACGUGCAUAAUUGCUCGUUGUUUAAGAUGCUACCCAUUACAGAGAAUGUAGCCGCAUGCAAAAGCUUCACUGACACAAGCCACUUUCAAUUUUAUUGCUUACAUCGUAGUAGUACCGUAUUUACUCGCGUAAUGAACGCACUUUUUUUUUUCUAGAAAAACCGGAGCAAAGUUGGGGGUGUUUAUUAUGCGAAGCAAACUUUAUGAAAACUUUUUUGAUAUGAGUGAAAAAUCUGGUAAUGCAAAAAAAAAAAAGUCAUUUUGCUUAGCCUUUUGCAAUUGACAUAUGCCUACAUUGUUUGGAAACAGCUUCUUUGUUGCAUUUUACUCAUUUUCGGUGGUUGAAGGUGCUAUCUUUUGCAAGCUGUCCCUGCUCCGCCCGCGCACACCAUAAAAGUGUUUCACGGCUUUUUUCUUUUUUUUUGCAAUCAAUCGUUUAAUCGCAACAGUGGUAUCUGCUGUGAUUUUGAGGGCUGUCCAGAAGCGUGCGAUUCAACGGACAUUGCCAACUUCGUGGCAACCCCACACGACGACGGCGACGACACCGUUGACAUUGCAGCAAGUAACUAAGAUUUCAGUAAGCAAUCACCGAAUGAUCAAAAUAAAUCGUCGAUAACAAGAUUAGUGACAAAAUACGGCUGCCACCUCACUCUCCGCAUUAGAAGUUACUGUAGAAAAGGUAAUCUAUACCUUGCGUUCUUUGAAGUACAUGCGCAUAAUAAGCAUGAAGAGCAAAUUACAACCGACGCGAGAUUCGCGGGUGCUACCGUCUCGCAGAAAUCGUCACGAUCUUUUCUGAGCGACAAGCUAUUUUUCUGGUUUUCCAAAAACUUGCGAUGCAAUGGCUACAAAUGGCCCCCCGUGACAGCCAUGGCGACAGCAAAUCCUGUCAUCCUCGCUCGAAAACCUCAGGCAUGUGGCUGGGCCUUAAAGUUUGCACGGGCAAUAUCCUGACCUUUGCUCGCUGUGUGCUUGUCAGCUGCGAUGUCUCUACACCUUCACCAUUCAUAAAUCGCGCUAUUGUGCAUAAAUAAUCAAAAAAAGACAGGGGGCGUACCGCGCACAGAUGAAUGAAUGGAACAUUUAUUUCGAAGGAAAAGACGGCUCCGGACCACAGUUUGGGAGUAUAGAAGGGAGGGAUAAUUAGGUACACAGCGUGAGCAUAUCAAGAUGACACCAGUACGCGUUCAUUCGUUUCAGUAGACGUUCUAAGAGGGGCUUGUAGUACAGGCCACUUGUACUAGCAGAUAGAAUAAAAAAAAGUGGCACGCGGCAGCGAGUGCAGGGGGGAAGAGAGCAAACUGAGGUGGCCGAGGGGGGGUUCGCAUUAUAAUAAAAAACAGAAGGGAUCCAACAAACAGGCACCAGGUGUCGGUUAGCCAAACUGCAGUUGAUGAAUGUACGGGGUGUCGGAUGAAUGUACGGGGUGGCGUUAGAAAAAAAAAAUCAAAAUUUUGAUGACUGAAGUUGAGGGUGCAUUUAUUAUGAAAGUGGGUUUAUUACGCGAGUAAAUACAGUAAUCCCCAAUUUAAACUUCCCGGGUAAUAUCGUACAUUAAAAAGUAUGCUCGAAGUGGUUUAAGUAUGCACUAGAGACAGGAUGUCGCCAUCUCGUUAAACUCUUGAAGGCGGUGCUUAAGGGUCUCCCAAUUUUUUUUCUUCUGGCAUUUGAUUCAUAACUGUAUUGAACGAUAGCUACCUUCCAUUUCAAGACCUCUCGUUAACGUCUCGUGACCUAGCCAAUGUCACUUUUUCAUUGAUAUUCUUACAAAGUGGAUCGGAAACAAUAUUAUACUGCCAUCUACUACACAUUCGUAGUAUUAUUUUUAACACUAUAAAUGUUAGCAAAAUUUUUCGUGCUCAUACCUUCAAUGUAUGGCAGCUGCCCUAAACUUGAAGCUUUGUAGUCAUGGCAUUUUGUUAAAUACCAUGAGAUAACUGGUUUAAUUCACCACUGCAUUUCAGCUAGAAGUAAGGUGUAAAACUCCUCAUAUCUCGUUCUCAUAAACUAAGGUGUGAAACAUUGUAUGUCUCAUAUAUGUCAACUCGUGUUGUUUUGGGAAUUUCAACUUCUCAUAUUUGAUGUGAUGUUUAGUCUCCAAAUCAUGAUGCUGUUUUUCUGUGUGGCGGUAUUAUGCCAAAAGAAAACAUGGCCGACAGAAAAGAAUCAUGGUGGCCUUCGAGCUCUUAUCAUAUCAACCAUUACGAGAGCAUCGCAUAAAAUUUAUAGCAUUGUCCUUUGUAGUUUAUAGAGUUCUUGCUCAUGGAAAAUGUAAUAAUAGGUUCGUUCGAUUCACCUGCACCAAUCGGAACUGGUUCACGGCUGUGCACGUGAAGUUCAGAAAUUGUGCAGCGUGCGUUCAGCGGUGCAAGUACAGCGCGACCCCUGAAACAAAUGACGAUGUGCCAACAAGGUGCAGAUCUUAUUUCUGUUGGCCUAAUUUACACCGUUCAGCUAACACUGAACGAUGGCAAACCGCACAUGCGGACAAUUUACGAGGCGCAAACAUCAUGGCGAAACACACAGCGUUGGUAGAGGCAGAUACGGCGCAUAGGCCCAAGUGCUGCGUCGUCUGCUCAGUUGUAUGCACGGCUGCACCAAGCCGGCACCAUCAGCGUAAGAGGUGCACGAAAAUCGUGAACCAGUGCUGCACCGCUUGUGCACCUUUUGAAACGAAUGACAGUAUUCAGAGGUCGUCAAUGCUGCACCACUGAAACGAAUGGCAAAGUGCAGCACCCCGUGAACUGGUUCACAUGGUGCAGGCGAAUUGAACGGACCUAAUAAAAUAAUAAUACCUAAGGUUUUACGUGCCAAAACCAUAAAGCACAUCAUAGUGAGGCGUAUCUGUAGGUUAAGUUGGAUCACCUGGGGCUCUUCAACGUUGAACUUACUCUAAGAACACGGGUGUGUUUGCAUUUCACCUCCAUUGAGAUACAGCGGCUGUGGCUGUGAUGUUAAUUUGCAUCUUCGAGCUUAGCGCGAGAUGUAUUAUAUUCUGAGCUACCACAGCGGUCCACAUGGAAAAUAUGGGGUGCACAUCUUUUGUUUAAUGCUUUCUGGUUUCUUUAUCAGUCGGCACUUAUUGAUUGUGACGUGGCAAUAGUGACCUCACUACUUCCGUGGCUUGUACACUAGACGAACUGGCGAGGCACAAAAAUUUUGAGUCGAGCCGCAACUUUCUUCCUUUUUUUUUUUGAAUAACGAAGAUGUAUAUGGCAAGGGCAUUUCAUCUGUGUGUGCAUGCAAAAUUCCCUAGUUCAUGCAUGUGCUGCAGAUAUUGGUCAAACCGUACCGCUCACCGCUUGUCCACUAACGAACAAAACAGGGACGCACGAGUGGCAACCGUCAGUUGACAUACUGCACAAAAUGCCAGGUGCAUGUGGUGAGCCAGACACAUGUGGCUGAAAAGAUGAGUGCUGCUCAAAUAGAAAACAGCCUCGAGGAUGAGCUUGUAAUUCAUGCUGUACUGGUAAUGUCACACCAACCUCAUUAUAACAAAAUUGCAUGUUGCACAAAGUAAGUUUGUUACAGUAUCCAAAAAGUCAUUAUAAAUGUAUAUUCCCUGACACUAUGGCUAUUGCAAGAUUAUUCUUCAUUUGCUUCGUUAUCACCGAUAUUUUGUUGUAUCUGGUUCUUUAUAUCGAGGGUUCAGUGUAGUACCAUAUGUAUCUGCACGUCUCACGUUGUCAACGUCAUCUUCAAAGCACACCCCAGUACAGCUUUAAAUGCCAGCAUUGUAAAGUCUGACCAACUACUUAGAGUAAUGAUUAAUGUUGUCAGCUGUAUUGUAGCACACUGUUCAACGAGUGCAAAAUAAAGGCUAACACUUAAUCACGCUACACUGACAGAUUGUCACACAAGUUUUCUACACUAUCAAUUUUUAAAAAAUGUCAACUUCAUGUGGGCUUGAAACAUGUGCAAAAUGCUUUAUAUUCAAUUAGAAAUCUAUGUGUAUAUGAUUUUUUUCAUUGGGUCAGCUCAUAUUUUAAAACACUACUAUGUUGUUUUCAGUCUGGUGUAAGCCGUUCAGAAUGUUUUUGUUCGAGCCUUGGAUACCCUUAAAUGGAACUAAAUUUCUAAAAAUCAGGGCUUUUGCAAAUUUUUGCUAUAAUGUGCCAGUGUACCAUGAUUGAGUGUUUGCAUUUUUUGUGAGUAAACACCUAAGUACUGGCCACCAUACAUCUGUGCAAUAUCAAGUGUUGCACUGUACCAUUGUUUCUGAAGCAAUAAAUACAGUUAAACCCCUUUGUAAGAGACACUUGGGGCAUAAGUGACACCGGUGAGUUAAUGCUAAAAUAGGGGUUGAACUGAAAGAACCUUGCUUAUAGAAGACACCUUAUAUACAAGAGACAAGAACUACUACCCGGUACGUGUCUCUUAUAAAGAGGUCACAGGUUCCAUUUUCUGUCAUCUUCUAUCUGAGUCAAUGUGUUGAAGAGAACAGCAUGAAUCCUUUCUCAGGAGUCCAAAAUAUGCAAUUUUCGCUUGGCAAGUUUACAUUUUGUAAUUAAUUGUAUGCCAAAACAGAAUUUUAUCAGUUUAGCAAUGUACAUUUUCUAUUCUAGGCCUUGUAAGACCAGCGCUGUUCUCAUUGACUGUGCUCUGUGCUGUCUUUUGAUUCACAGAACUGGCUUUUCUUCUGUUUUUCUGAAUGUCUUUUAUUAUGUGUGCUGUUCUGUUUGUUAUUUAUAGCCACACCAGAUAAGUGUGCUUCGGGAUUCGUAAAAGUGGUUGCCCAGUUGGGCUUUUUAUGUGGUUCCUCCUGCAGUACGUGUGAAGCUUCUUGGUAGGACGCCAGGGGAAUUAACCCCGUUAACACAGUUGCAUUUGGAAACCAUUUGCGCUCACAUGUGGGGCUUUUGGUGUAUGCGUUCUAUCCUGGAUGGACCGAGGGUAAUUCAGUUCAAAUAUGCUCACUGCAGUGCACACGUUACUACUUUCGCAUCUUCCAUCAUAGUUGUCUCAUUUUCAUUCUCACUAUUUGUGUGAAAGUUCUGUGAUAUUCUGUAACCCCAGGAACUUGCAUAGAUUGUUAUAGUAUGGGCAAUUCUCUCUCCCUUUCUCUCUUUUUUUUCUGGUACUAUAUUGUAAAACAAAAGCUAAUCACUUAGGGUUAUACAGUGUAGACCACAUAUAACGUAACCGCAUAUUCUGCAAGACCGUUUACAAUUUAGUCUUUUUUGACUCUCGUUCACCCUCCCUUAGGAACCCAUAUAUACGCAUACCGCUUAUUGUGCAGUCCCCCAAGAUGUGAGACCGGUUUUAAUGUGGUUGCCGGGAAAGCUUUGUGACAAUCUAGGUAGCGAGUGCGCAUAUGAAAGGAAGCGUGCUGGCUGCACCGCUGGGAAGCGAGCAAUGAAGCCGUUACGAAGAAAAAGGGGACAUGGAGUGAACGAAGGGAAGAAAAAGAAAAGGAAAAAAGACCGCAACAGGCUGUACUGACUCGCGGAGUGAAGGAAGAGGGCGGUUUCUUCGGCGACGGAUAAGCCUUUACAUUGACGCUGGUACGGGUAUACAGUGUAUUAGCGCCACUGGCAUAGCUCCAGCCACGUGCGGCUCAACAUGAGAAGUGCGAUCCCAUUUUUGAGCGACUCUUCCUAACAGUUUCCUGUCGGGAAAAGCAUCGUCGUUAUUGUGCCUGCUAUAGAUAUCGCAUUUGCUACCUCGUGUGUAAAUUUAGAACCUUUCAAAGCUUUAUGACACAAGCUGUCGCCUUUGCUACCCACGCCCCGUCUUAUGUAAGCUUGGCGUGUUUUCCUUGUUGUUGCUCUCCCGGCCGCGAACGCGAACACGUAGCAUGCAUGCUGUUCUUAGUUCAGUGUUUGAGUGCGGGGCUUUUCGAUGCAGGAUCUUCAUAUCUUGGACAACCUUCCCAGGACAACAUAUCGAGCAACAAGUUAGGCUUAAUCAGCAUUGGUUGCAUUUCGGUAGUGGUUGCGUGAAGUGGUGGUUUAAUAGGAAAUCAACGAAACUUUUUGCAGUGGCUGCACUUGACGGGAAGGGAUGCAUAUCGCUAAUGAAAAUGAGGGUGACACAUAUCGUGCUCGGAUGGUGGUUCGCGAUUCGAUUGCAAUGUCUUGAAAUUGGGUGCGCGCCCAUAAAAUCGAACUGUUCGGUGGAACUGUUCAGACAAUGAAAUUCUGGACAUCAAUGGACAUUUUGUGUAAUACAUAUAAUCAAGGCAGUCUGAGUAGCAGUCGGCAAAUUUCCGCAAUGGUACUUUCUCUUGUAAGACCCCCUCCCCUUUCGAGCGCGUCCUCCUGUUUGGGGAGGGCGCGCUCGCUAUCCACUCGCACAUUUGUGACACAGAAAUUGUAACAAUAAAAAACUAUUAUUCUUAUACGUGCAACUUUAAGUUAUGCAGGGCUCAUUAACUGUCAGUAUGCUGUCACGUUUGCAUUUUUCUUGUGUAGUUCCACUGAAACAUGCUGCCUUCAUCUUGAUCCUUGCUUGAAACAAGUUUAAUGCCCAUUUGCAAUAAAGAUUUACUUUCAAGUAUUUGAACAUUACUUUCUUCUCCAAUGUUACUUGUCCCGAAUUGUGUGGAGCUUAAGGGUUUUUGUGGGUUACCAGUGGUCAGCCAGAAAGUGUGCAGUAUUUUUUGUGUGUUUACUUGCAUCUAAGUGGAACAAUAUUUAGCUUUAUCAAUAAAUUGCAUAGCUAGCUUUUUAACACAUUCUGAUGUUCACCCUUUUUAGUCCUGGCCAGGGCUAACUCGAUGUUGUAUACAACAUGGAUGAAUAUAGCUUGAACACUUACAUGAGUGAUAAAAAAAUCCCAUGUAUAUAUGUGACAAUAAGAAAUAUGACAGUAAAUAUAUUUUCGCAUUUUAUCUGCUAUGGACAUCUUUUAUAAGUCCAGUGCGUGUACAUUUAAGUGACACGUAUGCAAGACCUCGUAAAUUUGAAAAGCAGUUCUACGUUAGUGGGUAUUUUUCUUUUGUAACCUACACAUGACACUGUUGUUGAUGCAUAUGUUAUGCUUGCUGCCCAUCUCUUGUACUGGGCUCAUAUUUUUUUGGUAUACAUGUUCCUUCCUGUAUGCUUUGUGAAGCUGUGUAAAAGGUGAAUGGCGGUGCGUGUUGAUACUGUUGAGUGAAAUUUCACGAUUUCCUGUCUUUAAUAAACGAUCAGUGAACUCUCUUA